AUGGACGGCGGCCUGAAGGCUUGGUUGACCGUUGCAGGAGCUUCGGUGGCACUGUUCGUCGGUUUCGGCCAAGUCAGCGCUUUCGGGACGUUUCAGACCUACUACGCACACCACCAACUCAGCGAGCUAUCGCCCUCGACAAUAUCAUGGAUAGGGUCGUUACAGUUCUUCACCUUCUUUUUCUCGGGAGGUUUCAUCGGCCGAAUAUUCGACACUUUCGGACCGAAGAGGAUCCUCGCUCUGGGAACGAUUUUGUUGACCUUCGCAACCAUGAUGAUAAGCUUGUCCACCAAGUACUAUCAGUUCAUUCUCGCGCAGGGCGUCUUGUUCGGGCUGUCUAUUGGGAUGAUCUUCUUCCCAUCGCUUGCUGCGCUUUCAACUCACUUUGAAAAACGAAGAGGUGCCGCAGUUGGAAUUGCGUUCGCGAGCGCAGGGUUAGGUGGAGUUGUCUACCCCAUCAUGUUCAAUCGUCUCUUCUCCGAGAUUGGCUUCGCGUGGACGGUUCGCAUUGUCGGGUUCAUGUCCCUCUUCCUGGGAACCUUCUCGACAGCAACUGUCUCCAGUAACCGGAAACACGGGCGAACCGGUGCUCCACUCCUGUACCCCACCAUUUACCACGACGUCCAUUUUAUGGUCUUUUGUGUCUGCUGCAUGAUCGCCGCAGUCGGCGUCUUCAUCCCCUUCUUCUACCUCGCCAACUACGCCAUCGCUCACGGAAUCGCCCCGUCGACCGCCUUCUACCUUAUCUCCUGCAUCAACGCCGGGAGCAUCGUCGGCCGCCUCGUACCCCCCAUGCUCUCCGACCGCGUCGGGCGCUUCAACGUCAUCGUCCCCUCGGCCUUCGCCCUCGGCCCCUGCGCCCUGGCGUUCUGGCCGUUCGCGAAGAGCCUCGUCGCGAUGGUCUUCUUCGCGCUCCUCUGGGGCGCGUUCUCCGGCGCGUUGAUCGCGAUGAUGAUCCCGUGCGUCGCCCAGAUCUCGUCCGACCCGAAGGAGAUCGGGACGCGGAUAGGGGUGCUCUACAGCACGAUUUCCUUCGGGGCGUUCGCGGGCGGACCGGCGGCGGGCGCGAUUCUGCAAGACUUGGACGGGUCCUACCUGGGGAUGAUGUGGCUCUCGGGCGCGGCCGUCGUCGUGUGUGCGUCCGGGUUGUUGUGGAUUAGACUGAGGCUGGACUCUCGCAUCUUCGUUAGAGUAUAG